UUUUACUUUGCGAUUCAUCUGAUUUAAUAAAAUAAAAUGAUUCUACAAAGAUUUUUUUAACUGCGUCUUUUACUUGAAAUUUUUCUUAGUAUUAUAUCUAUAUAUGUAUCAGCUUAGUGGUUCCACGAAAUUGUAAUUUGAAAGAUAGAGUUUGAAUUAUAGGCUUUCAGAUGUCUCUAUUUACAAAAAAAAUUAAUUUUCUCUGUUCUCGUCAAUAUCUUAUACACCGCAUGGGUUCCAGUUGGAUUAAAACUAGUUUUUAUAGACUUCUUUCAAAUGAAAUCUUUAAGUCGCAUAAUUUUCACAUGCAAAACAAGAUCAGUAUUCCAGUUAUAGCCAAUUUCUGUUAUAAUAUAACUAAAAUGAAAUCCUUCAGCAUAAAUUCAUCUGUUAAAUUUGAACAAAUAGCAGAGGAAACAUUGCAAAACUUAUGUGAGUCUUUUGAAAAUGUUUUGGAAAAAUCUAAUCUUGUAGAAUGGGAUGUGAAUUAUAGUAAUGGUGUUUUAACUGUUACACUUAAUCAUCAUGGCUCAUACGUUUUGAAUAAACAAUCACCUAAUAAACAGAUUUGGUUAUCCUCUCCUAUUAGGUAAAUAUAAGUUUACA